AUGAUUAUUCCUCUCAUCAUAGCCGUCCUCGCCUUUCCCUCUGUUGUUGCCGUUGCCGGGGAUGUCGCCGUCCUCGAGAAAUGCGUUGUUAAAAGCAAUACCGACGUGAUUGCGGUGGGAUGGCAAAGUGGAAGCUCGACAGGCACUGUUAACAAAAACGCGGUCCUUUCUGACAGCGGCCACCCCUCGGUAAAGUGCGACUUCACCACGGCUGAGUCCUACCCGGCGCAAGUGGCGCUGAUGGUGACAUUCAAGGAAGGUGAUCACGUUGUUGGUGCUCCGGACGUGCAAGUGAUUGAGAUGACACGCGCACGCGACUCUUCUGGAACGUACACUGCUGAUAUUCCUAUGGCUGGCACAGGAGCGAUCACCCCUAGGGACGGGAAAUAUGACUUGACGAUCUUGAUCGGAGAUAACAUGAUGCCAACAGGCGUGCAGCAGUCGCUAGGGGCUGUCCCUUUCGAGUUCCACCAGAUGACCAAGGACGCGUUGAGCAAGAGCAGCAUCCCAGGGAGUGGCGACCUCAGAACCACUACGAAAUUAGCUGCUCGCUAUCUUCCUCUACCGUUGAUCGCCCACACGUUCAAGCCAGCGCAGAAGACCCCACCGUUCGUCAUCACUGCGGUGUUUGUUGUAGACGGCGUAUGGCUAGAUGCUCUGACUACUGUCAUCCCUCUGCUGGCUUUCUUGAGGGGGUUGGGGUUACUCAAGGUCAACAUGGAAUUGUGGAAAAUCGACGUGCAUGGGAUGGUGUUUUUCGGCACGCUCGCGGCCUACUUGGCGGUACUCGGAAUGUUUUUUCUUUCUCUCAAUCUCAUCCAGACGAUGAUCUUGUGUUCGCUUCUGCUGCCAAUUGCGAUCAUCUCGGGGAAUAAGGUAUUGUGUCAAAGUAGAGCCGACAGAGUGAAGACAGAUUGA